AUGGAUGAAGUCAAGCUGGCCUGUAAAGCUGGCUCUGAUGAAAGUGAAGCCCAGGAGGUCAGGACUCAGGUGGACGGCCUCCCAGAGCUCCACAAGCAUAUACAACAGCUGCUUAGCACCAGACUGAGUGACUUGUCCUUCAUGGUUCAUGUGACGUCUUUUCAAGGAGAGGCAAGAAGCGCUGAGACUCAUGCACUCAUGCAGAGGGGCUCGUUCUACUUGGAAAACCGAAGCUGCGACGUGUCCCCGCCUGCGGAUGAGCAGCAGAACACUUUGCAACUCUCUGACAGCAGCGUGUGAUCUCUCAUUGACACGCAGAGGCUGCAGAGUGCCUUGGCCCUGGCAAAAACCGGGGUGAGGUCUCUCCUCUCUCUUCAGGAACUGCUCUACGAGGAGCUCAUCGAGGCCAGUCAGGAGCUGGAGGCCUUCAUCGGCAGGUACGACCAGGGUUUGGCGGACGGAGACACGGUAGCACAAGUGCAGCAGAGGCACCUGCAAACCCACCAGGACUUGAACGUCUUUGAGAGCAGAAUGACUCCGAGCUGCGCCUGCGGACGGAACCAUCUCAUCUCCAACAAAGUCUGCUCCCCCACAAUAAUUCUUCUCAGUGCAUCCCUCAUCACCAAGUUCCCGGUGAUGAUCAACAGAUCUAAGUCGUGCGUGACAUCCAACAUCGUGUAUCUGCAUUGGGAAGUUGCAGACAUGCAGUCCGAAGACCUGAACCAAGAGUUUCAAAUCUAGGUCAAACGCAUUCAAUCAACCUCUGCUGAGAAAGAGGAAGUUAGUAACUCUCGAUGCAAGUCGUACAGCAUACAGGUCAACAACCUGAUACACAGGUACUAUGAGUUCACUGUCCGGAGAGUAGGUACAAACUCGGUGUCCGCACAGUGGACCGACACCAUCAUUCUGGCGACGUUGGGUGUUUCCAUAUAA